GGCCAUGGCGGAAGCAGGAAGCGGCGGCCCGGCCCCCGCGUCCCGCCUCCAUCGCGGGCGGGAGGAGCCCGGAGCCGGGCGGCGGAGCGGGGCAGCCGCCGGGCGGUGCCGGGGGAUUUUUCAUCGGAGGCCAUGGAGCUUUUGUCCAACGAGCUCAGCAUUUAUGACAAGCUCUCAGAGACGAUUGAUCUAGUGAGGCAGACUGGCCACCAGUGUGGGAUGUCAGAAAAAGCCAUUGAGAAAUUCAUCAGGCAGCUCUUGGAAAGGAAUGAACCCCAAAGGGGACCUCCGCGGUAUCCUGUCUUAGUGGCUCUCUACAAGGGCCUGCUCACCCUGGGACUGGUGCUGCUGACUGUUUACUUUGUGAUCCAGCCAUACAGCCCGCUGCCGCCUGAAGCUCCGCUCUCCAGAGCCCAUGCCUGGGGCUCCCUCAUCGGUCACAUCCGGCUGCUCUCUCUGCCUAUUGCCAAGAAGUACAUGCUUGAGAAAUGCCAGGACUGGUGGGCAGCAGGUUGCAGGCAGAACACUUCUACGCUUCCUGCAAACUGCACAGUCUGUUCUGCUGUGAAAAGCCUUCAGAUAGUGACAGACUUUGGAGAACUAUCAGAAAAGCUCCAGAGGCCUCAGCCUUUUCUAAUCAAGACAGGGCAGCAUCUCUCCUAUGAAGAAAUCAAACAUUUUCAGUCUCAGGAUCCAAAACUGGCAGAGGUUAUAAUAGAAGAAAACUCAGCUGAAUUGUGGAGCUGCCCAUUUUUCCUUCCCUGGAACAAAUCUGUGAAUAAAACUCGGAUUCUUCAGGAAUUUUUCCCUGCUUCCUCUUUGCUGUCCUUCCCCAAGGCAGUGUCCCUGGAGAGCUGCUUCCUCAUCCGCCAUCCAGAUCUGGGGAAUAAGAGCUACAGUCUGCACAGCCUCUUUGCUGUUGGAAGUGGACAGCUCACCCUGACUGUUGUACCUCUGGACAAGUGCAGAGAACACUGUGAGAUGUUCAAGGUGGAGCUGGAAGCUGGAGAUUUGGGUUAUGCCAGCGCAGAUUACUGGAUGAUGAGCUUCAUGGCCAAAGGGACAGAGCCAGCAGUGAUUUGUGAUGGAGCUGCUAGCUAAGGACAUGGGUGGGAGAACAGAGCUGUAUCCAGGACAAGAAGACUUUCAGCUUUGAAGCCAAGGCAAUGUCAUGCAAGAGAAUCGAGCUGGGGCAGGCAGCUUUGCCACCCUGCAUGUUUACAAUGUUUAAAAAGGACUGUUUCCCUGACCCUUGAGGUAAUUCUUUGCCUUUCCCCAAAUGUAUUUUGGGAGAAGCUCAAGCUAUUUAUGAUCUUCCCUGUCCUGUCAGGUAAGCCCUGGGUUUGCAGCAAAGGGAUUUCUCAGGAUGAGAUUCACUUUGUGUCCUUUUUGGACUAUGGCACUUCUGAAACUUCCUGGGGGGUUUGGGAGUGGAGGGGGUGUGUAACACUUGUGUGUACAUUCCUCCUGAGGAGGAAGCUUUGAGCCUGUCUUGUCAGGCCAGCUCUAUAAAGGGAAUGAAUUGAUGUGUUCCAACUUCACCCUAUCUCCAUCACAUUCGCAGCUGUGUGCCUCAGUGGUGUGCCCCAUAAAGCCCAUCUCUGCUCCAUGCUCCAGGGUUGAGAUGACCCUUGCAGCCUAAGGGCAGAGACCCUCAGCAUCAUUCUUGUACCAAAAUAAUCUGUUCAGGCCUCUUCUUUGUGUCUUGUGACCCCUCUCCUGCGGCUCUCUGUCAGCAGGUUAUGAGUAAGUCAAAUCGUAACUGUGCUUUUUCUUUCCCCACCUCCUUUCCUACAAACAUACCAAGGCAAGUUUUGUGCUGGUGGUGCUGAGGGCCUCGUAAUUCUGGAUGGAGACGGGACUGGGGGCAGAGCAGCUCUGUGCAAGUUCCAUCUCCUGAUUCUGCACUUCAGACACAAGGGCUGCUCCACUGUUUCCUCCUUGCUUUGGGAGGUGCUGCCUGUGUCCCCCGCCCAGAGUACCUACAGGAGCACCUGAAAACUUCCUUGUCCCUGGUGUUUUUUUGCGUUGCCUCCAUCCAGACCUGGAACUCUGUUGUCAGAGUGAACGUUGGUUUUUCCUGAGUCCUUUCCAAGCUGCCUUCACUUGCUUCCUGUUGCUCGAGCACUGCUCAGCAAUGCCCUGAGAGAGGCUCAGUUUCAGUGUUUGCAGGCUGUGGAUGCUGAGGGCUCUUCCAAGUCUGAUCCUUUGGGUCUGAUCCUGUUGUGGAAGAUCAUUUACAGAUGUGUCAGGGCUGAACUGCCAGGCCAGGGCUGGGGUUCAGGAUAUAUUCUCACACUUGUUAAUAUGGAAUUGGGAGGGGGUUUGUUUGAAAGCGAGUUAACUCUGUUCUCAGGAGCAAGAACCUUUUCCUCUGUAAAUACUUUAGGUACAUGUGAAAUGACAGGUUGGAAAACUGUGUGCCCAGCCUUUGUUUUUGAGCGAGACCAGGAGAAUGGGAGCAAACAUUGCACUGGUCCGAGUAAACUCUGACAAAAGCUGCCAAGUGGGAUGACCACGUCUGGCUCCUGUACGAGGAUAAGGCAGAGGACAGUUCCUGCUCCAAAGAAUUUAGUCUGAGGCCUUGACACUACAAACAUUUCUAUGCAUAACCCUUAGUUUUCUCCUGUAAACAAAUGAGAGCAGCCCCAGGACCUGUGUCAGUCUGGAUGCAUGGCCCUCAACACUGCACCAACACACAGCAGGUCUGGUAGAACCGAAGGGGGAGAGUGUGACUGAGUCAGGACAGGAAAGGACUGAUCUAAUUUGUGACAAAAUAUUAAAGGGAAUUGGAUUAAUAAGA